AUGGCCGAUACAGAAACAGUUACAGCCGAGCAGGCAAGACAAAUCGUCUACUGUGGAGUCUGCACAUUACCCCCCGAGUACUGCGAGUUUGGAGGUACCGCGAAGAAGUGCGAAGAAUGGCUCAAGGACAACCAGUCGGACCUGUGGGAUAAAUUAUACUCUGAAGAUGCCCUCAACGCCAACCUGUCCACUCUAUCCGUCUCAGCACAAGAGCGCGCUGCCAAAGAUGCUGCCAAGAAGGAAGCUAAAGCCGCUGCAAACGAGGCACGCGAUACCGAGCGCAAGGCUGCCUCCAAGAUCCAGAUCAAGCGUGUCGAGCGCAAUAAGCGCAAGUACGUGACAGUCGUGAUCGGACUGGAGGUUUUCGGAUUGGAAAACAAGAAAAUCGCCAAGGACCUGGGCAAGAAAUUUGCUACGGGAUCAUCAGUUACCCGCUCGCCUGCAGGUAUCGAAGAGAUCACCGUUCAAGGUGAUGUCAGUGAUGACUUGCGCGACUGGCUCCUUGAGACUCACGGCAAGAAGAUUCCUGAGUCUAAUAUUGAGUUGAUUGAAGACAAGAAGAAGAAGAAGAGCGAUGCACCGAUGGUAUAA